AACAAGAUACACGAGUUACAAGAUCAACUCAACAAGUUGACAACAGAAAUCAAACAGGUGCAACAAAAGGGAGACGACUCUAUGAAGGAAUUGAUGCAGGAGUUGGAACAUAAAAAAGCCGAGAUACAGCAUCUGACAGGUACGAACCUUAAGAACCAGGAGGAUAUAGAUCUUCUCCAACAACAAAAGGAACAUGCUGAGGACGAGCUGGAAAAACUGGAGAAGGAGCUCGGCAGAAAGGGGCCGGGAUCUGGAGCAACUGUCGUGCUUUGUGAAGGACACUACCCUACUGGACGGUCAGUCUUUCCUCCUCAACAGCCAUCUCCAGGAUGCAGUUGAUGACCAAAAUGAAGCAAUUAAAAAAAUGGAGGAAAAAGUCAAGGAUGGUGAAUUGAAACUGAAAGACAAAGAUGAAACAAUAGGGAAAUUAGAGGACCUCCUGAAGGCUGUUGAAUCCAACCGAAAGGAUAUGGAGAAUGCUUUACUGGAUUCAGAAGAUCGAUUGCUUAAAGAGAGGACAAAGGCUGACAUACGGGACAAAACCAUCAAAGGUCUCCACACUGUAAUCACUGCCAAAGCCAAGGAGAUGGAAGGUCUAGUAGAGAAGGUGAAGGCGAGAGAUGAGGAGAUAAAGAAGAUGCAGGAGGAAUUUCAGGAUGCUGCAGAACUACGACAGAAGGAGUUAGAUCGCCAACAUGAGGAGAUCAACUUGUUGGAGCAGAAAGAGGCCACUAUGAAGGUUCGCCUGGCAGAACAGGAGAGCGAACUGGAGAACCUGAUGCGCUCACUCGGUCGCAAGGAGGGAGAACUGGAAGGCUUCAAGGAGCUCCUUAGCAAGGCUCAGAAUGCACUGCAGCAAAGUGAGGAUGCAGUAGAGGUUCUACAAGACCAACUGAAGAAGGAUCGAGUGCCGUCCAAUCCCUCAUCUGCCCACAGUAGUCCCAUCAAGCAUUAUAAGGACAUGCUGGACGAGUCCCAGAAACUCGUUAGUGAGAAGGACAACACAAUCCACCAGCUAAACGAUGUACUGAGAGACAAAGACAAACAACUCCGUACAUGUAUGGGGAUCUUCAACACUCCGCAGGAGGUGACCAGUGGUGAAAUGAUGGACAAACUGACUAGACAGCUGAAGGAAAGUGACCGGGCACUAGCAAGGGCGUUAGAGGAACAUGCAACGGUGGUUGGGGAGAAAGAGAAGAAGCUGGAGGAGUUGAGACGUGUACUGAGUGAUAAGGAGGAAGACAUCACCAGAGCCAAUAAAAUGCUUAUUACUGCUGAGGACACCAUUGAUCGUUUGGAGAAGGCAAACAAGGAGAAAGAAAACAACCUAAGAAAAGCACGGGAUGGGAUGAAAGCUGCUGAGAAAGCUUUAGAGGAUGCAGAACAGAGCUACAAACAUGCUCUAGCAGAGAAGAACUCCAUAAUCGGUCGUUUACAGGAUUCUGUUGGUGACAAGGAGGCUCUGCUCAAGGAAACCAUGAAGCGGGCCCCAAUGACAACAGAUGAAGUGAUGGACUUGAAGAUGACAGUCCAGAACAAGGAUCGUACAAUACAGGAUAUGAUUGAUGAGAAGGACAAGACUUUGACGGCCAAUGCCGAGUGUGUAAACAGUCUGCUGAAGAAACUGCAGGCCAGAGAGGCAGAGAUCGGCGAGAUGGGCGACAAACACAGGAAGGACAUUAGUAACAUGGAGCAAGAGAUGCUGAAAAUGGCUGGGGAUUUAAGGAAGCUAGAGAUGGAGCUGAGAAGGAAACAGAAUGAUCUACAGUCUGCUGAUAGCCAGGCGAGUUGGUCACACCAGCAAAGUCAGGACGUUUUGGAUAAACUACGAGCCGUCAUCUCUGACAAGGACAAAACCAUCAGUACACUGCUGGACAGUGUCCAGGAGAAGGACAAAGUUACUGGUCAACUACGACAUGACCUUCAGGGCAAGGACGGCCUGGUGGAUAAGCUUCAGAUGCUGCUACGGCAGUCCCAGACAGGCUCUAGUGCAGACCUCAAUGCCAGACUUCAGGAACUACAGAUUGAGCUUGCUGUCAAAACAGAAGGGCUGAAGAAUGCCAGGCGCACUGAAGAGGACCUAAGAGAGCAGAUCCAAGAACUGAAACAGAAGUUUGAUAGUGUGCCCCGAGGUGAUCGGGAGUACCACACACUGGAGAAACAAAUAUACUGGCUCAAGGAUAAGCUGGAGGGUCAGGGUUGGACACCAGGUGGCAGUAGUCCAGAACAUCAUGGGUCGCCAGGGAGCUCUAAUACUGGGUCAGCUGGACAGCAGGGCCUACUGCAGGAAACCUUACAAGCCCAGUUGGAUGAAUUACGGGUGUUGAACGCAGCAGUGAAGAGAGAGCAACAUUUACUGGAGGGUAUCCGAGACAAGAGUCAGGGGAGUGACCACUCACAUGCAGUAGAUGAGGAACUGGCUGCUGUGAGGACCCUGAGGAGGGAGUUGGAGGAUGGUGUACAGCACAAUCACCAGAUGAGGACUAUUCUGGAGAGACAGAUGAAGGAUAUACCGACCAAAGAAUCUUCUCAAGAAAAUAUUGAUGACCUUAAGAAAACUCUGAACUUCCUGAAGCUAGAACUAGAAACGAGUAAGCUAAACAACAAGUUUCUACAGUCGAAAAAUGAGCAGCAAACGCGACAACGGGUAGAAGGAGAGGGUAGAGCAGACUCUUACCACCAGGGGGCGCAAACUUCACCGGUGACAUGGAGCCCUGGUAAAAAACGGAGUCCCUCACCUAUUGACGCGAAUGUUCAACUGAAUCGCCAGUCCUUGUCUGAUAUGUCUGCCCCAAUGCUGCGUAAACUGAUCAGACAGCUACAGCAACAACUCAGUCAGGAGGAGAAGGACAAUGCAGAGCUACGCAGGAAACUUUCUACGAUGGACGAUGUACGCAACAUUCCAGGGAAGAAUGACGAUGAUGAAAACAGCAUCCCGUACCUUCGCUCAGAGAUUGAGAGACUGGAAAGUGAGCUGAUCAGAAAAGGACGGGUGAUCAGUGAACUACAAGUCCGAUUAAACUCGCAGGAACAAGACAUUAACACAAGUGGUAUAACCGAUCUUAAAAAUGAAAUGAAAAAAUUGUCUCUUCAAUUAAAUCACACACAGGAAGUGAAUUCAGUGUUGAAACAACAGCUGAGGUUAAAUGAACAGAGUAAGGGAAAUGAUUUUGACCCAGAGGUCAUGGUGCAAAUGGUCAGUGAAAUACAGAAACUGAGGAUAGAAAGUGACAAGGCAAGGCGUGAAGGGUCCAUGUCAUCCGAUACAUCAGAGGAACCUUGUUCGUCAGUCAGCACUCACUCAGCAGUAUUUGGUGAUAAUUUAUUAAAGGGCCGCUCCCAUAAGAAAGGCAGCCAAAUUCCUCGACCAAGAUCUGGAAAUACGCCUGUUGUAGGGGAUAUCUCCGCCAUAAGUCAGCCCGAAACUCUGAAAACACUUCUAAUGGAAUCUAAAAAACGCAUAACUAACUUGGAGGACAAGCUGAAAGCCACAGAGGCAACAGUACGGUACCAGACUCAAAAGAUGAAGUACUACAAAGGCCUCUUGGAGGACCAUGGGUUAAUCAACCGCAGCCCAAUGUGUAGCCGAUCUAGUAGUGAGAGCAAUCUAGCAGCACUCUCCAGUAAGAUUCCCGUACGCAAAUGGUCGGUAUCGCAGGAAAAUUUACCGUCUGGUGUCGUGUCUUUGGAUUCUGCCAUUGGCUCGGACUACGCUGGUGUAAUGGAUACGGUGUUUGAGAAGUUUGGUACAACUGAUGAUAAAGAGACGCUGAAGGAUCAAGUGACCACUUUGAGACAGCUUCUCAUCAAACAAAGCAGAGACAUCAAAUCAUUGAGAGACAGGUUAGAAAAGGAAAGUCAACGGGAAUCUGGCCAACAAGACCAGGAUGCACAGACAUUACAUAGCCUGGAUGACACUUUAGUUUCACGUGACACACUACAAAACCUGCAUCAACAGAUGGAUUCUCUACAGAGACAUCUACAGGAGACCCAGGACACUAACUCAGAGCUUCAACACAAACUCCUACAGCAACAACACAACAACCCGGAUUCUCUAAAACAGCAGCUCCAGGACAGCCGCGCCAACGUUGCUGCACUCGAGGAAAAGAUUGCAGCCUUCCAAAAUUCAUCUGUUCACGAAAUAUUAGAGUCACAAAAAUCUGAGAUCUCCAUAUUGAAGAAAAGAUUAUCAGAUACCCAGAACUCUUGUACACAGCUUAACUACUGGCUUGAAGAGUUAAGCACAUUUCUCACUGAACUUGUGUAUGUAGAUCAGGACGGAGAUCGUAGCCAGGUCCGUGGGAUGAAACACAAGGUGGAUAUGUCCAAGUCCAUUGUACGCAACAUGUCGACCUGUAUACUGGAUUCGUUUGACACAAGUUAUGAUGUGACCUCGGAACAACCCCAGACUGAUGAGAAUAAAGGAUUGGUAGCUGAAAAUGAUGCUUUAAGAAAGAGCGAGCAAAGUCUAACAGAAGGGCUACGUCAGAAGAAUUUGGAAGUGGAAAAACUGACCAAUGAACUACGCAAGAAAAAUAUGCUAGUUGAUCAGUUACAUCAGGAACUACUUCACUUCCAUCAAAUGAACAGGAAGUCAGAGUCUCCGAAAUCCUCAUCAACUGUCAGUAGUGCUGACGGAAAUGUCAACCCCAGUGGGAAAUUAUCCAGGGAAAUACCUCCCAACAAAUCUCCAAACCGUUCACAUCUGUCGGAACAAGUGAGUCAGGUCAGUAGCCUUAGGUCACCGGAACGAAUGCGUCACAUGACAGGGAGCAGUUUGACCGAUGGCAGCCAUCUUAGAUUAGACAGAACACAGGACGGUAUUGUGAUUGUUGAGGACAUGGCUGAUUCCAGUCAGGGAUCGACAGGCUACCAUUCCUCUCGUCUCUCUGGAGACGAUUUCAUGCCUGGUCCAGGUCAUGUUCAUAAUGUAAGUGGAUCAGACAAGGAAAAUUCCUCAAUUUAUAUCAGUGCAUUUGAUACAGAUGAAAAAUUCAUGUACAACAGACGUUUAGCAGACGGUCAGAUCUUUGAUGAUUCCAUGACACCACCUGUGUUCAAGUUGAAUGGAGAUACUUCUCUUCCUGCAAAGAUGUCAAAAAUAUCGGAUGGCCGUCAGGUUGAAUUAAGUAUCUUAGAAAAGUCAGCGAGAGAAGAUGGCGAAGUAGAGUCAUUGCGCGCUCGACUGAGUGCUGUGGAAGAUCUUAAUAAAACUCUUAAGGAUGAACUAAAUGUGUAUGAAAAUCUGUGCACUUCCAUUGGAGUUCAGAAUUCACCCAUUAAAAUGUCCCCGCAAUCAAAGAGCAAACGGGACACAGAUACUGACCUCCUGCGUCAACAUCUAGCUGAAAUCCGACAACUGCGGAUAAAGUUGGAGCAUUCUGUUAAAGACAGUGACAGAUUGAGACAUCAGCUGGAACUGGACAUGGAUGGACACAAGAUUACAACAGAUUCCACACAAAAUGUGUACAUGUACAGUAAGCAGCAGACGACAAUCACUGAACUACAGCAGAUGAUUCGUCAACUACAGCAACAACUGAAGGAGAACCAGUCGACAGUCCGUGACAAAAUCAUCACCAUCCAGGAGAGAGAGUGGACCAUCCAAAAACUACAGCAAGAGCUUUCCGGUAUACAGCAGAAACUUGACUGUAGUACCGACAUAAAAAUGCAGACACCAGAAAAGGACAUAUCGAUUCGAGAAUGGCACGAGAAGAUUCGCAAUGAAGAACAGACGUGUAUUGUACAACAGAGGAGGAUAGAACAGCAGGAUAAUCUUCUGGAACAGCUACGCAAAAAGUUACAGCUACAGGAACACAGUCUACACCAACAGGAGACCAAACUGAAGGACAUGUACGAGUCUGGGCAGCAAAAGGAGCAACUCAUGCAGGACAAAGACAAUAUUAUACUACGGCGGGGCGAGCAAAUCGUUCAACUGGAACAGUCUGUCGAACGUACAGAAAAGAAAAUUUCUCAACUGGAAGAUUGUGUCAAAAAGCAAGAAGAACAGAUCCUGAAAAAAGAAAGUUGUUUGAAAACCAUGAAAGAAGAAUUACAAAAACAGGAAGACACCAUUCAACACCACAGAGAUGUCGUCAAGCAAAAAGAGAAUGCUAUCAGAAAACAGAAGGAUGAAAUACAGAAGAAAAAUGAUAUUAUCAAACAACAAGGUGAGGUUUUAGCCGAAAAAGAGACGGCCAUGCAGUCACUGAGCCAUGUGGUGAAGGAACAGGCGGACCACAUGCGUCACAAGGACAACACUAUUCUGAAAUACGAUAAAAAGGUUCACUCACUCAGUGAGAGGGUGAAGCAAAUGGAUCAGCUGAAGGCGGAGAAGGACGAAGCUAACAAACGCCUGGUACAAAGGAACGAGAUUCUGGAUCAGGACAACUGUAAGCUACUGGAACGAAAUAACAACCUCGACAUGCAACUCAAAGACAGCAGCAAGGAGGUCAACAGGCUGAAGCAGGAGAUAGAAACUAUGUUAGAGAAAGCUCAGGAGAACCAAGACUUGAACAAGACUCUCAAACUUGAACUUAGUGUAUACGAGAAACUACAAGCUGAAGACAGUAGUAAUAAGCCCCUGGGAGGUUUUGAUAUCCGAGAGCUUCUGACAGAGAUCCGACACCUGCGUGUCCAGCUUGAGAGAUGUAUUGAUACUAACAAUGCUCUCAGACAGAAACUUGAGGAACAUCUUCUACACCAAGCCAGUCCUCGUCAAGUCACAACUACAACCACCAAUAUCUUCAACGUCAAGGAUGGCAGUCCUACACGCUCUAAUGGAACUGAUGUACCUGAUGGUCAGCCCAAUCCAGAAAGGACUCAAGUGAAUGGAGCACUGACUAUUAGACGUAUCCAGAGUCAUCAGGCUCCCAUGGGGUCAAGGUCAGCCAGUGGGUCAUACGUUUCCAACAGUAGUGAUUCCAUGUCGGUCUCCUGUCCCAGUGAUACACCCUCUUUAUCGGGUUACGGCAUAUCAACAUGGCCGCCCAUGUGCUCAGAAAAUGCCCUGCUCAACCAACAGAGGGAGCUGUAUAUUUCCCAGUCCUCACCAGGUGGCACUCUGCACCAGUCGCUGGUCGACAUGACAAAAUUAGGAUGCGUCUCACGGCCUGUGAUGUCUGAUGGAAAUCUGUCGUAUUAUGUUGACGACCCCCCUAGUUCUGUUGCAGACUUAACAGGAAUCAAGGUUGACUCUGAUAUCCGGUGCUUAUUUGCUGUUGGAAAACUGGACGAUUAUGAAAAACUGAAGAAGGAAAACUGUGAGACCUUGACAGUGUUGAAGGGCAUUGAAGCCCGAAUUAAGGAGAGGCUGCGAGUCUUCAAAACCAUGCCAACUUCUGAGCUGAUUAAGAGCGUGGAGUACAGUACCCUGAAGGAACUCUCUCUAAGCUCUGAAAACCUUCGCAUCUGUCUGGACGAGGAGAAGUCUCUCAUUGGCUGCUUCUGGACAACUCAGCUCCCUAAGGCUGGCAGUGACACCAAGGCUGCUACUGAGAACAAAGUCCUACGCACUGAACUGUUUGCCCUUCAGUCCAAGUACGACCUGAUGGUGAAGAUGGUGAAGGACGCAGAGGCUCGACUACAUACGAGUAACAAACAGAAACAGAGUAUGGAGGAGAUUAUUCAUCGUCAGUUGAAAAAGACGACGAAAGUGGCAGCCAAGGCGAGAACAAACUUUGAGAAGGAGGUGCCCAGAAACAGUUCAGGACCACUGGUGCCCCUCACCAGAGUCCAACCAUCGCGGGACGUGGACACAGAUAGUGAGAUGAGUUUCAGCUGAUGAAAAUCUAUCAUAUCGCGAGCAUCACCACCUGUGUUUAAACAUGAUAAAGAUUACUUCAUUGGUAAAAUCUACAGUCGUUACAGGAUUUAGAGGUCACCGGUGAAUGACAUUUGUGGAAUCUAGAGGUCACCAAAUUGUUGACUAAACCUGAAUCCCGCUGUUGUUGAUUUGUUGUUGAUGUUACAUAUGUUGACUGGUGUUGGUUGUUACAGUCAAAUGUAUGUUUGGGCCAGGUACGUGUCAUAUGUCAUUGUCAUAAUAUUUCAGUAUGUAUUGGGUAUGUCAGUCAAAUGUAUGUUUGGGCCAGGUACGUGUCAUAUGUCAUUGUCAUAAUAUUUCAGUAUGUAUUGGGUAUGUCAGUCAAAUGUAUGUUUGGGCCAGGUACGUGUCAUAUGUCAUUGUCAUAAUAUUUCAGUAUGUAUUGGGUAUGUCAGUCAAAUGUAUGUUUGGCUAGGUAUAUGUCAUAUGUCAUGUCAUGAUAUUUCAGUAUGUAUUGGAUAUGUCAGUCAAAUGUAUGUUUGGACCAGGUAUACGUCAUACGUAAUGGUCAUGAUAUUUCAGUUUGUAUUGGGUAUAUUUGUUGGAUAUAUGUACCGAGGUGUGAGAGGUGUCUAUAUAUAUAUAUGUAUGCGUGUGUUCGUGUGACAUUGGCAGGUUGAGUCCACUGUUACACACUGCCACACUUAUGUCAGAGUAAAUUAAUCAUUUAAAAACUCAUUACGAAUCUCGCGUACUUCCAUAAAUGUAAAUGACAUUUAUUAGUGCAUUUAUAAUGGUGAUUAUUGUGAAUUAAGACAACUCAUGAAGUCAUUGUAAAAAAAUUCUAUCACUUUGUGAUUAUUUUCAUAAAUUUCAUCUACAUUUUUGUAAUUUACGAAAAGCAUGAUGUCUGGCACGUCAAGUUUUUGUGUGAGGUCAAGGUAGAGGUAAUAAGUCCGAGACAAAGAGACGUUAUUACCCAAGGAUCUCUGUAUCGGAUAACUUGAUGUCACUAUUACAUAGGUUUUGGUUAUUAACCCUUUCACCCCUUCUGACAAUAUUGGACUUCAAAUGAUGAAUGAAUGGCAGAGUCCACUAACAUUUCUUAGGGUUGAAAGGGUUAAGGAUGUCUUGAUGUAUUGCGAGUCAGAGCAUUACAUAAAAAUGCCUAUUUUGUAUCAUAAUCUUGUACAUGGUUUAUGACUUAUAGUGAAUACAGCUGUUUUUGAUAUUCUUGUACAUAGAUAAGGAUUUAUUUCUACAAUAUUGAUAAAUACCUAGUAGUUUGAUCACUAUUAAGGAAACAAAAUUCAUGUCUUUCACAAUAUCCACUUGUCUUGCCAGCCUCAUUGUUGCUCACUUAUAGAUAAUCAUAUAUUUUUGAGAGUAUGUCAUUAAGAUUGUCUUUUGAUUCAAAUGUUACUUGAAAAAGUUUUAUCAAAUUAUUUAACAUAAACACAUUAUUGUCAUGCAACAAAUGCUACAAUAAUAGUAUUGAUCUGUGUGUUCAUGGAACCGAUGACUGCCCCCCACCCCCACCCCACCCAACACCCACCCCAACCCCCCUUGCCCCCUUCCCUCAUGUUGCAUCACUGACACAACUUCUUGUGUUUGCGCUGUCACUUAAUGGGGUCAAGAUAGCUCAGUCAGUUAGAGCACCAACCAUGUAAUCUCAAUCCCCAAAGAUCCAAGGUUCAUGAUUCAAAGCUCCAUAACUGUUUCCGCUUGUUUUUCUCAGGAAGCUGAGAAAAAUGACAGUAUAGGUUUUGGUUUUGUCUUUGGGCAAAACACUUCACUCUUUUUGCUCUGGAUGGCAUGUGAUGGGCCUCCUGUAUGUUGUUCAUUGGGGUAGUCACCAACUACUACAUGGAGACCCUGCUUCAAAUUGACCCAAACACAAAACAGAUGACCCCACCCUCUUAUCACCUGUGUUAUGUAAUUGACAGCUCAGUAUUUUCUGUUGUCAUUUGAUGAUAUUUCUCCUAUAUUUUGAAAUUCCUUAACAAUCUUGAAGUCAGUCAUUUUCAUUUUGUUUUGGCCAACAUCCUGAUUUCUGUACAGAUCCUUGCAUGUUGCAUUUUCGCUCAUUUUCGUUGUUACCGUCAAGAUUUCCUAAAGAUGCAUGUACUGGUAUUGACCAAGUUCCUUGCAAAAGUUUACCAGAGGUAUGAAAUAACCUACACACCAUCAUAGAUAGGAAAUCCUUGUCUUUAAGUUGCCUGAGCCUUAAAGCAGCAUUGUCAAAAUUUAUGGCACAUUUAAUAAUUUUCCAUCAAUUGUUGAAGUUAGAAAUAAUUUACAUGCAUGAAUUGCCUCCCUUUGGCAGUAACUUUUUUUUUUUUUUUUUUUUUUGGAACCUGUGUCAGUACCUGUGCAUCUUCAUCUUUUGUGUGCUGUGUUUCCCUGUUUCAUAUCAUCUUGGCACUUCAAAAAGCCAGCAUGCAGCCAAUGCUGCUAUUCUGCAACUGUAAGGGUUUGUUGUGAACAGAUCAAUCAUCAAACUUCAUGCUCUGACAUUCUACAAAUAGUCAUACUCUAGUGCAUAAUCAGAAAAAAUAUAUCACCAGUCUUCCAGAUAUUACAAGCUCAAAAUGGCUGUCAUGCCAAAAUAUAAAUCAAACGUCUUACCACAAUCAACUUCCAAAUACUGUUUAGUAUGAAAUGUUUAAUGUGUAUAACCAUUCAUUGUUUGUGUGGUUGAUGAGGAACCACAGAAAUGAAUUAGAAAAUAAUUUGUUAUGUACUAGACUAUUACGAUUUAUCAUCGGGUAGCCAUGAAAGUUUUUACCAUGAAAGUAUCUAAAUACAUGUAUCUUGAAACCAGCAAAGAAAGUACACCAACAUUUUAUGUUGUGGUUCUUUUACUGUAUACCUCAGGCUCCAACCACAUACACAGAGGCUCAGUUUGGAGAUUUGGGGUAAUAAAUGACAUCAGCUAAUGGUUAUACCACAAAGUAUUUAUACACGAAAUAAAGAGCAUGAUGAAUCUAUUUUAAUGCCUCUGCUAGGGAUUGGACCCAGGACCUCAGGCUUACUAGUCUUAUGCUUAGCUGAUAUAGAUAAAGAGAAGUUUGCUCAAGCCGAGCAGUAUAUUUCGGAUUGAAUUUACAAGGGUUACAUUCUCCCCCUAUUUAGGUGUUAGAGUUUUGCUAGUGAAAAUAAUGGUUCCUCUAAGGGUCAAACCUGGGACAUGUGGCUAAUUAGUCUCAUUCGCAACUGUUUGAAAUAAAGAGAAAUUCGCUCUAGCCAAGUGGUCAUUGUAUCUAAAUAGUGUACAUUGAUACCCCAAUGUGUAUACAUACUAGAAUAUCCAUACCCCAAAUGUGUAUAGAUACUAGAAUCUCCAUGUAAUUAUCAACUGAUGUCAGAUAUUAUUCAAAAUCUGAAAACCAAGCCCCUGUGAUCAUAAUUUGCUUGACCAUUCAUAGUGUUAGCAUGGCUGACCUGGUCAAGCUACAUAUAAUAACUGUCCCAUAGAUAGGAAAACUCAAACCUAUGAAAUAUUCACUGUUCACAGAUAAAAUGCAUUCACCCAUUUUUUUAUUUCGCCCUUCACGUUAAAAAUAUUGUGUACUGUAAGCUAAUAUUCUCCAAUGUCACAGAGGGCAUGAAAGAUGAAAGUUAUUUCUCGGUAUAUCCAGUUAGUAGAGAUGUGCUGUCAGACAAGGGACCAAACUUCCAAGCUCAUCCUCUUUGUUGUCUCUUAUGUUGCUUGAAUCAAAAUAAAUCAACAUUUCAUUACAAAAUUAAUUUGUGUUGUAGAUUUAUAACUUGAGAAUAUUUUGAAGAAAUUAUCAAUAGCCAUUAUCACUGUUAAUGUAACUUCUAAUGUAGAUUUUAGUUUGUACCAUAAGUAUGUAGAUUUGGUAGAACUUCUGUUUGUGGUAAAUAGUGCUGUAUAUAUAUAAAUAUUGAAAUAUAUGCUGUGCAAUGUUUGAUGCUACUUUUCUGUUGCAAAAUCUGUUUACUUUCAAAUACUGUUGAUUAUUUAUCACAAUGAUGUUCUGAGCAAUUAUUUAUCAAUUAUUAUGUAUAUUACUUUGUACAGACGCAUAAUUUUAAAAGUUUCCAACUUUUUGGUGGGACAUGACGGGCUGCACAUAUAGAUUUCUCUGUAGAGAUGCGUUAUAUUUAGUGUGUACUGUUGACCAAAUUUUGGUGGCAUAUUUGCCGAGAGUGAAGGUACUGCUAUGAUUAGGAUGAAAAUACAAGGCCCCGGGAUUAGGAAAUAAUCUUUGAAUCUUUCCAUGAUCCCAGAGCCAGCUCUCUUAUAUUGUGGAGACAUGUUAAUGCAGAAUGUAACCACAAUCUUAUUAAAGCGAGAAUGUUGGAUUAUUUAUUGUCAAAGUAAUGUAAUACUUGCUGUUGACAUCAUGCAUGUCACAAAUACAUAAAAAUUGACAAUAAAAGGUCAAUAUAAAAUGA